CGUGAAAAACAAAUUCUAUCUCCUCUUCCUUCAAACAUUUGCUCAAUAAUUAAAGUGUUGUCCAAAAGCAACAUCUGAGGUUGUUUUUUUGUUGUCUUCUAAAGAACAUCUUGCUGGAGCUGUUGGACUCCACACGCACUCUAUCGCAAGUCGAUCUAUGCUACGUAGCACAAAUGUCAGGCGAUGUGGUGUACAGACAAUAGUGGUGGAUGUUGCGAGGUGUAUGGCAAUACGAAGAAAAAAAAACUGGAAAGUCUACCACUAGAUCGAUGUGAUGCAUUAAGUUUGUAGGUCACAGUGGUCAGCUUCAAUAGGGCCGUCAGAAUCGACACGCAGACAGCUGUACGUGGAAUCUAAUCACGCGUCCCGGAAUGCAGCUUUAUCAACACCCGGGUGGUACAGAAAGAGGGCACCCGGUUUUGGAGUAGUUGGCCCCAUGCGGACCACAGUACCAGCUAUACCGCAUACGGCGAACGACGUCAACAACGCCAGGAAACGAUGAAGGCACUACGGCCACUACCGGGCUACGUUACCGUACUGUUGUGUUUGAACAUUUCGCUAGUUCUAGCCAGUUCCACUGACGACCGAACGGUGAACCAUGACAGCAACAAUGCAACAAGUAGCUUUCCAGUAUUUUUUCGAAGUCGCUUCAAUCCUCGCACGCUGCAAAAGAAUGAGCGACUCAUUUCGGCAUUAGAUGACACCGAUGUGCAGUCGGGCCUGAAUGUAACGUCGAGCCCAAUGCCAUCGUAUGCGUGGAGUCGUAAAUAUACCAAUGACAAACAUCUGGAGAAGCAGGGCAACAAUCCGGCGAAUGCAAGUGUUGCGCAUCAAUCAGCUAAUGUCGAUCAACCUGUGACAGACUCCACUCCAGAGGAGUUGCUGAAGGAUGAGUGUGGAAUUCUUCCUCCCGGCGUGGAUGGAUUUCCCUGGAUAGCUGUCCUGGAACACGGAGAACCUCAAGCAAAUGCUGCCCACAAGCGUACCCUGAGCAAAGGUGUCCUGAUUGAUCGGCAGCACGUCCUCACAACUGUGUCGAGUAUACACAAUUCACAUCCGACCUGGGUUGUUACCAGCGUAAGGUUGGGCGAUAUGCCAACCCGUCGUCAAACGAACGUCAACCGUACCAACCCCAUUACCCAGCGUACUAACGGCACGCAAAAGUUCGGAAUAGAAACAGUCUUUCUGCACGAGAAGAAAGACAUCGCACUGAUCCGGCUGGCGGAUGGAGGUGUACGCGAGGUAACCGACUUCAUACGGCCCAUCUGUUUGCCCCGGGAAGACUACAGGCUGGAGAACUUCAAGCUAUCCUCCCACGUAUGCCAACGGCGUCUCGAGUCGACAGGUCGUGUUAGUCGUAGCAGGCUGCAACCACUGGAUCUGAUCAGUGUAGACAGCUGCAACGAGCUGAUGCGACCGUACGGUGCACGCUUACCAGUGAAAAGCUUCUGCGCGCGGGAAUCUUCCAACGAUAAUUGUACCGGCACGCUCGGAGGUCCUGCAAUUGCUAAUGUGCGCGGCAAAUAUCACGUGCUUGGGCUACGCUCCUACGUUCAGACGGAGACUAACGUCGAUGGGUUGGACAUUCCCAGCAUAUACGUACGGGUAGGCGGACUACGUAAAUGGAUAUCAGCAGUGAUAAAGGCUAUCAGCGAUUGAACGUCGUGUUACGAUUACGGCUGCUCUGUUUACGUGAAACGUGGGUAGAUAGUGAAUGACAUUCACGUGUAAUGUAAUCCCUCUGGUGUAAAUGUUGUGCCAAUAAGCUUUCCGUAGUAAGAGAUCUAUCAACCUGAAAACAUGCCGUUGUGAGAUGAAGGGAAGUUACAGAAUUCUAAACAUCAAUCACCUAAAACAAUCCGGAGCAUUAUCAAACCUCGACACACAAAUAGCACAUUCAGCUCAGCGUCACAUCAAUUAAAUACUCAUUCCAGAAUACUCGAAUAUUUGUAUUCCCCCCCUCUACGAACAUAACUUGCCCGAAAUGGGCACGGAAGGAAAAAAAACCCUCCAAUCAUUUGUUUCUGGAACAAGAAACGAAUUUCGAUCGACUAUCAAAAUGUUGUCUUCUUUCGUCGGUUUGCUCUCUCGGUGACCUUUGAUGGCUGCGGGUGAUAUGCCACAACCUCCGGCGGACGAUAAGCAAGCAAAUGUCCCACUGUACUGUUCCAGACGAAUCAAAGGAUAAUCCACCAUUGCCUGAGACAUUCCAUCAAGAAUAAACCGAUAAGAAAUAUAUGGAGGUGCUCCAUUAGAACAUCACAAAA